AUCUCACUUAGCAUUUUUAAUAUUUUAACUCGCUUGCUACUAUUGUAUGUGAACACACCUGAUUUUCCUAAUGCUUCAUUGUUACAUGCUUCAACAGAUACAAAGGCAAGAAAUUCAUAUGCAAUGAAUAAAUGUUUGCCUGACUUUGUCAGGUAGGUUUCGACAAAACAAAUACAUCAGCUAAAUACGAGGGAAAAAUUAGUAAAUCAGUAGAAAAAUAAAUGCUUGAUUCGGAAAGUUGACUAGUGGAAAUGUUUUGUCAAAUGAAUAAAAUGAAGAUUAGAUAACACCCUGCAGUGUAGAUGAGGGGUGGAGGUCGGGGUGAUACUUUACGAGUAGUAAAACAUGGCUAUGCUGGCAUACUACUGCACAAUUUGAAUUUCAACUGCUUGUUGGCUAACAUGUUUUUACAUUCCUUUUUUUCUAAGCCGAGAUAAAAAUUGUCGCAAACUACACUAUUAAGUAUCUGUUGAAUCUUCGUUCAAGUCCAUAAAGUUCUAUGAAUAUAAUUUCUGUCUGACAAUUAUAAAAUCAUCAAAGAGUCAACGGUUUAAAAAGUCACCGGUUUUGUCCAUCGAAACCAGAAUACCAUAUGAUUUACCCCCGUUAUUUUACGGCAGUAUUUUCUGUUUCGUAAAGUUCCAUACAGGAAUUGUAAAAAUGGUAAGACAUAAUUUGUAGUUUUUUCACAUGUUUUAAAACCUCUCAAAUCAGCAGAAGAACUAUGUGACAAGCUGGUUUACAGAACUGUAUGAGCCAAAUGUAAUAUUUUGUUUCUUAUGCUACUACAUUUUGCAUGUCAUAACAUAACAACCCUUGCAAGAAGGUUUAUGAAUUAGUUUUUGAUAGAUUGUUUAUCAAACCGACAAUAUAACUUAUAAAGGAAAGGAAAGGAAAAUUAUUUUAAAAAAAAAUACUGUUAAACCUUUCAAUAUGUUUAUGUAUUUUAUUUCACUUAAUUAUUUAAUGAGAGUAGUGUGAAUAAUAAUUUGAGAUGAUAAAAUAAAGUCAGAAGCGAUUAGUUGACAUGAUGAGAGGAUAAAGUUUACUUUUUCUUAUUUCAGUAUGCUUAAUAUUUAACACUUGUUUUUUAACUACUGCUUAGCAAAAGUUAUGGAAUAAAUGUCCUGUCAAAGUUUUGUUGUGGUUGCUGUCAUUACUUGCAUCGUUGCAUACAUUUUACAAAUACAGUUGUAUAAUGAAUUAGCACCCCAACCUUAUUUAAUCGUGGGUGUGUUAUCAUCCAGAGAUCAUUUUCCACACAGAGAAAUUCUUCGUAAAGGCAUCAAAAAUCAAUAUACAAAAAAAAGGAUACUUGUGAAAUUUAUCAUCAGUAAGGAACCAUGUCUGAUACCAUUUAAUUAUCGAUUGAAUCCUUAUGAAUGUGAGAAGGAUGACUUUACACAAACACAUCUAGAAUCCAUUCACACACAUGAGGUGAAGCAAAACUCACGUGCAAUUACAUAUGCUACUGAUGGACCCAUUGGAAUUGAUUUUGUUGUACAUCAUGAUGUUGUUAUCAAGCAACUGGGUUUGUUUGAUUUUAAAAACGAUGGUUUCAUUGGAGCGUUGAAAGUCAUUUUAUACAACACUGUUACCCAUGAACCUGUGAUAGCAUCAUCAUUUGUUUCAUUCAAAAGUGGACAGCUACACGAAUCAUUUCGUUAUAAAACUGUUCAAGAGUACAUGCUACCGAAGGGUUUUCGCGGCAGUCUCGUUGUUGAAGGAGCUACUUCAGAUGAUCCGUUACUGCGUGGUCACACAGACUGCAAAGUUACUGGAAAAGGAAUGAUCAGUUUUAUGAAAGGAUAUCGUUACAGCGACGAGAUUGGAGAAUUUCCUCUUCAAUAUAACAAACAUCCAAAAAUCGAAUGUUAUUUGGUUUCAGCAUCGUUGGUUUUCUCCUCAUACGGUAUAUCAGCGAAUCACAACAUGACUGACUGGCUUUCACAAAAAGAUAAGGAAUACAAUGAUCUGAAAAUACAGUCACAACAUGAAGAACUAAGUUUGAAGAAAGAACAAGAAAAAUAUGGAGAUUUAUUGUUUGUGAAUGUUGUUGAAAGUUAUAGAAGUCUUCCUAAAAAGAUGCUGUUCUUUUAUGAUUGGUUAUCGAGACUUCCAGGGUACGAAUUUGUUUUAAAAACAGAUGAUGAUUGUUACGUCAACGUGACUGGGAUUAUCGAGACUUUGUUGGAAAUAUCCGAGCAUGGUAAAAACAAUAUUUGGUUAGGAAGUUUUCGAAAGAAUUUUGCACUGGAUAAGCAUGGAAAGUGGGCUGAGUAUGAAUAUACAUCCGCGUCGUAUCCACCGUUUGCGUGCGGUUCUGGUUAUGUCCUGUCACGUGAUAUUGUUGCAUGGAUAUCAAGUAACAAAGAUAGCUUAAAAAUCUAUCAGGGCGAAGACACUUCACUUGGGAUAUGGUUAGCGGCGAUUGGUCCAACGUUACUACAUGACAACCGAUAUCAAUGUUUUCAUGCAUGUAAACAUGGGAUGCUGAGCUCACCUGAAAACAAUAUAUAUGAACUUGAACAGCUUUAUAAGAACGUAAAUAUAACCACAUUUUUAUGUGAUGCGUUAACAUAGCGAUGAGCGGUGCUUGAAAAUAUUAGUAUGGCUGUUAAUAUUGACAAGCAGGCAUGACAUUAGAAAAAUCGGUGUUAAAUGAGCUAGGUAUUAGCUAGCUAGCUUCGAAUAUAAUAUGAGUGGCUAGCUAGUUUACUGGCUGACUUGUGCCAAACAAACGUGAAAUUUCAAGCUGUUCACCAAAAUUGGUGAUGUUGCUGGUAUAUAUCCUGUGUCUCCAGUUAUUUAGUGUACCUUAUUUUUUAAACAACAUCUGUGAAAAUAACAUUAGCAAGGCUUACUGAUGA